UUUAAAACGAAAAGAAAAGAAAAAAGCACCUGUGCCACGCUAACAAUGUUCACUUCCUCGAUGGGCUGAGGACUCGGGAAGUUUCAGGUCGUCGCCCGUCAUGAGCUAUUUCCUGAGAAGGCUUGCUCAUUCUGGCAGUGGCAGAAGCUCUCUCAUUCGGACCAUAGCAAUCGCCGCUAUUGGUUCGGGUCUCUGGUACUCCAGUGGCGAUGCUAAUUUUAGAGCAUCGGCGACAGUGCACUUCCCCGAACGGUUGCGAGAUCGGCAGUUACUGCAUGAAUUGUAUCCUCGUAAUGUGCCCUUUUCCUUGGAUCAUGGUCUCUCCGGAAUAAUUCCGCUACAUUCUUAUAAAGUCGGUCCUGCUCCAUCAUCUGACAUACCAAAGGAAGCUUCUGGAAUUGUAGAUGGUGGUGCAAAGCCUUGUGAUUGUUUGGGCAGAGAUACCAUUGCGAAUGCGGCUGCUAAGGUUGGUCCAGCUGUUGUAAAUCUUUCAGUUUCACAAGGGGUUUAUGGUAUGACUACCGGAAAGAGCAUUGGCUCUGGAACUAUAAUUGACAAGGAUGGUACAAUAUUGACUUGUGCUCAUCUUGUGGUUGAUUUUCAAGGCCUGAGAAGUUCAUCCAAGGGGAAGGUUGAUGUGACUUUACAAGACGGAAGGACAUUUGAGGGCACAGUGAUGAAUGCUGACCUGCACUCGGACAUUGCUUUAGUUAAAAUCAAUUCCAAAAACCCACUACCAACAGCUAAACUUGGUUCUUCUAGCAGGCUUCGUCCUGGGGAGUGGGUAUUGGCAAUAGGCUGUCCACUUUCCCUUCAGAAUACUGUCACAGCUGGUAUUGUAAGUUGUGUCGACCGUAAAAGUAGUGAUCUGGGUCUUGGUGGCUUGCGAAGAGAGUAUUUACAAACAGAUUGUGCAGUUAAUAUGGGAAAUUCUGGUGGACCUCUUGUUAACAUUGAUGGAGAAGUUGUUGGUGUAAAUAUCAUGAAGUUGGUAGCUGCUGAUGGAUUGAGUUUCGCUGUACCAAUUGACCCGGUGUGUAAAAUUAUAGAGCACUUCAAGAAAAGUGGGAGAGUUAUACGGCCAUGGCUUGGGCUCAAAAUGAUUGAUCUUAAUGAAAUGAUUAUAGCCCAGCUAAAAGAGAGAGAUCCUUCAUUCCCUAAUGUCAGCAAGGGCAUUCUUGUACCUAUGGUAACUCCUGGGUCCCCUGGCGAUCGAGCUGGUUUUCGUCCUGGUGAUGUUGUCAUUCAAUUUGAUGGGAAGCCCGUAGAAAGGAUCAUGGAGGUAGUUGAAAUCAUGGAGAACAGAGUUGGCGUGCCCAUUGAGGUAUUAGUGAAAAGAGCAAGGGAUAAAGUGGCAACGUUGACUGUUAUUCCGGAGGAGUCCAAUCCCGAUUUGUGAGAGGCAGUUAAAGUAAAGAUGUUCCAUUCUGCAUUUCCUUGUGCUGUCCGUUCCUCUGCAGAAAAAUACUAGCAGUACUCUUUUCUUGCAAAAUAAGAUUUCUUCUCAAUUACGCGCUCCAGUUUUUUUGGUAAAA